GGUCGACUCGGUUUUUUCUCUCGAUUACUAAUCAGUUGAGCAUUGACAUAUAAUUAUUAGUUUAAAAAGGGUACAAUAAAGGGAUUUAUUUUAUUAUUAUUUUUUUUUUGGAAAGUGAAAAACGGUGGUAUACUGUAUAGCGCUCUUUCAGGCUAUCAAUAUUGUAAUGGGGAGAUGCAACUUGGCACUUCCUCGUCUCUGGGUUUUCGAUUAUUCUGUAUAAGCGCCAAAAUCUGUUCUUGUUGGUUGGAGAUUUUUCAAAAAACUUCAACUUUGCUCUGUCUCCCUGAUCUAGUUGAUACCAUAUAAAAGAAACAGAUAAUGUCGUGGGCUAUAUCAACUUUUGUUCCCUUUGAAGUUCCUCCUGUUUCUGUUGUUGCUACUGCUUCGGGUCCAUUGUUGGGUUGCACCACCAACUACUUGGAUGUAGUUGGUUCUAGAAGCACAAGGCUCCAAUUCUCUCUUUCAAAGAAAUGGUCAACAAUGAGAACUUUUGCCACAGAGUCAAACCAAGUGUCUUUCUUGCAAUCACGCCAAGAAACUUGGGAAGAUCCAGAUGAUGGAAGCGGCAGUGAGUUUGAUGAGGAAGAUAAUGAUGAAGAAGAAGUGGAUGAGUAUGACUUGGAUUUUGAAAGUGAUUGGGAAUUGGAUGAGUAUAACUUGGAGUCUGAUGUUCAAGCCGUCUCUAUUACUGAUCAGCCUGCUGCAAACAAGUAUGAGGUGGAUCUUCAGAAAGAGGUUGAACAACUUUUGGAACCCGAAGAACAAGCAAUUCUGCAACAGAAUGCAACUCUGAAUGUGGAUAAACUGUCAACUCCGAAAUGGAAUCCACUUCACACUUUUGCGCUAUCAGGGCAAAUUAUUCCAAUGGACAAACUACUUGAAAGUGGAUUUGACAUUGAUUCUGUCGACGAGGAUGGUUUUUCUGCUCUACAUAAGGCAAUUAUAGGCAGAAAGGACGCUGUCAUUGGUCAUCUUCUAAGAAAAGGUGCAAGUCCUCAUAUCACAGACAAAAAUGGUGCUACCCCACUUCAUUAUGCUGUUCAAGUCGGUGCAAAACAGAUUGUGAAGCUACUAAUAAAAUACAAAGUUGAUGUCAAUGUCGCAGAUUCAGAUGGAUGGACGCCAUUGCACAUCGCCAUCCAAGGUAGAAAUAGAGAUAUAACAAAAAUUUUGUUGGUCAAUGGAGCAGAUAGGAACAGAAGAAACAAGGAUGGAAAAACACCCUUGGAUUUGAGCUUGUGUUAUGGGAAAAACUUCAAGUCGUACGAUCUUUCAAAGUUGCUAAAGGUUGUGCCUCUUUAUGGAGCUUUUUGAUGUGUCAAUUUGAAACAUUCUACUUGCAAAUCUUUGUAUUGAACACUUUGUAUUAAAGUCUUUUGUAUGAGGUAUGAAUGCCUAAUGCAAAGCUAUUAUAAUUGAUUCUAAGAACAUCAUGCAAGAA